ACAAAGCACAUACAUUAAAACAGCCCGUUUCCUUGCACCUGCAGCAGUCACAGUUUGUUAUUUUUAAGAAGAGGACAGGAUGCAGCCAGCUUUAUGCCUGCUGUUUGCAGCUCUGUGCAUGAACAGGGUCUCUUCAUCUCCGCUGAAGUCUGUCGGGGAAAAGCUGGCCUCCGUGGAUGACGUGAACAUCCUGAUGUACGGAGUGCUGCAGUUCACCGAAUCCCUGCACCACAUGUACCAGACCACAGAAGCCAGGCUGGCUCGCGUCACGAAAGCCAUCAGCCGAACUGAGAGCGAGAUGAAGAGGCUGGGGCACGACACAGAGGAGGUUGCUAAAACCGAGCAACAGAUCAAAGAAAAACUCCAGCUCAUUCAGGCUCAGAUGAAAGCGCUGGAGAUUCAGGUCCAUGAGAACAGAGACACAGUCACCAGGGUGGAGCUGGAAGAGGCGCAGCUAAAGAAAAAACUAACCAGCCUGGAGGAAAACCUAAUGAGCUCUGUCCCAGACACGAUCAAGGGCACACCACUUAAACACAUCUCUAACCUGAAGGACCUGAUGAAGUGGACACAAGAACAGAAACUGAAAUUGGAGAAUCAAAACCAGCAGCUGGCUGAUUUACAGAAACAGAAUAUGGUGUAACCACUAAAAAUCACCUACGAUGAGGAAGCGCAAUCAACACUCAUCAACACUCCAUUCACAGCACUGCAAAUGGGUCUCACUUACUACAUGUUCAUAAACAUGACACAGAUGUCCUCUUUGCCUGUCAUUUUACAUGCACAUUGAGCAUCUUUCAUGAAACAUAAGAAGAGUGAAUUUCUGUAUGAAACAUUUGAAACUGUGAAAUGCUGCAUGUAAUUUCAAUGUUAUUAAGAUUAACUACUUUUUUGUAGUGGAUAACGUGUUUGUAGCAGUAAAAAUAAUUAUCAUAAUAUAUGUAUGUAACUUAUAACUUAAUACUUUGUAACUUAUAACUGAAGGAAAAUAAGUGGUGUGUCUUGUCUUUCUGUUUUAAAACAAUAUUAAUAUUGCACAAAUUAAACUUUUAUUUACUUUCUA